CAAACCGCAGUACAUCAUUCGAAAAGAAAUUCCAUUAUGAAUUUUCCUAUUUUCGGUAUUUUAUUAAUUUGUGCAGUAGGUGUGAAGUCACAAUGUUGGUGGUCUGGUUGCCAACCGAAUUCGUGGGCUGAACGGGGCUGUUUUCCUAGUAGUGAUUGGCAUCAAACAAAUAUCCAACCUUGUAGUAACGGUGAUAUGUAUUAUUGCUGUCCAGGAGGAUCAGCUAGUCCACCAGUUCAGGCUCAGGAGUCUGGACAAUGUUCAUGGUAUGGUGCUGAAGGAGAAAUACCUCCCGGCUAUGUAUUACCGUCUGGUGAAACUUUUGAUAGAUUUGCAAUGAAAGCUGCUCACAAAACGUUACCAUUUGGCACUCGCAUACGUGUGACGAAUAAGAACAACGGAAGAAGCGUCGACGUUACAAUAAACGACAGAGGUCCUUUUGUGCAAGGAAGAAUUGUUGACCUAACAUUCGGGGCAUUCGGACUUAUAGAUAAUACCGACGUUGGAGUAGUGCCAUGCUCCUAUGUCACUAUUUGAUUAUAAUACGUUGAUUCCAAGUUUGAAAUAAACUAGUUGUUUUGAGUGACAACUCUGGAAGGUU